AUGUCUGACAUUCCUCCUCCACAAUCCAUGAUACCUCCUGGAAGUACCCCAUCUUACCCCCAAUUACGCUAUGACCAAGCUGGAAAUGCGCUCACCCGCGAUAAUGUUGGCGCUUGGGUGUCUCAUCCAGGCAUCUGCCAAACUCUUACAACUGAUCGGUCCUUUUGGUUCGAACAUGGCGACAGUUAUCAGGCUGCUUUCAUUCCAGCCUUCCAGUCCCACGAAAGCACACCUCCACCAUUGUCGGCGUCCAGUUCUCGCCUUGCUUUGCGUGAGCUGCUGACCACCAACACCAACAUGAUUAAUCCUGAGCUCGUCCCCCUACCUCACUCUGACGAUAUGGACUUGAUCGACCCCGCCAGCAUUGCGGAGGCCUGCGGCUACACUCCAGCCACCAAAACAGCAGGCGCACAUCGCAAGGCCAAAGCUGCGAGGGGCAAAGACAAGGAGAAGGAGAAUGUAGGAUACCCUAACCCAAAGAAGCGUUCUCGAGAGGACAGAGAUGAGGAUGAUGAUCUCCCUCUCAGUCAACACGGGUGGCAGACUGUUCAUGUUAAGUUCGGCCAAUGGGCCAAGGUGAACCGCUGGCCUGAACGCAAACUCACUUCACUCGAAACGAAGUUCAAGCAGUUGGUGAAGACUAUGAAGCCAACUGGAGACGGAACCCGUGACCUGCACAACACGGAUUACAACACCAUUGAAGAUGAUGACAGUCACUCCGUCAACUCUGACCAGAUCCAGGAUGAGCGUGCCUCCCCCCCAAUUCAGCAUACAGCUAUUGCCCGCUCCACUCCUUCCACCCAGCGCAACCGCAAUGAAGACCACACUAAUCGUAGCCUUGCCACCACACAACUAUUUACCCAAAGCCAGCAGCUCCGCGAUUCUCAAGCCGCCAUGGAAACGCUGCAUGGCCAACUCUUCUAUUUGCAUGCUCGCAUGUACGACAUUGAACGCGAGCGCAAUCGGGCCGAGCUUUGCAUCGAAAUGAUGCAGAUGAGAGGUUCCACACGCCGUCAGCAUGUUCAGAUGCCCAAACGCAAGAAUCUGCAUCAGGAGUGGUACCCUGAUGGUGGGGGAUCUAUUAGGUGGCUUACUGAUGAAGGUGAAAGUACCACAUCUAAGGGGCCCAAGCCACCCCGCCUUCGAAGAUGCGGCCCAUCCAGACAUCUCAAAUAUUCUGAUUGCCCAUACUUUGAGGACAUCGCGGAUGAGCCUAUCAAGCCCAUUCAAAAGGAAGGGGUACCAAUGUACCAUUCUAUUCGUCCUGAACGGUACCAAUGUACCAUUCUACUCGUCUUGAACGUCUUUCCUGUUUGCCUUCUUGUCCGUCUCAUCUUCUCCAUCAAAAUCGGUACCAAUGUACCAUUCUACUCGUCUUAA